UUGUUAUAUAUUCAUUCAGUUUAGUUUGAUAAGUUGCCGCGUAUGUGUAAUAGUAAACCCAGUGUAUAUUUAAUAUAGAUAUUACGUAAAGAAUUAAAUUUUAAAGGAUAAAAUGAACUCUUUACCACAUUGGUUUGGAAAGAACAAAAAGAGGAAGAAGAUUGAAAACCUGUCUCCUCCAAUCUUAGAUUACAUUCCGAGUAUAGGACACAAGGAUGUUACGUCCAUUCAGGAGUAUAGGUUUAAGGACGCCAAGUCCUACUCAUCAGAAAUCAACGAUGCUGCAACUAACAAUUACCCACUAGGACUUGAGUACGUAUCAUCUUAUUCUCCAGGACGUCAGGACACAUAUUAUAGAGCUUCGGUGCAGGAUUUGCUGGGACUUGAGGCAUUGACGCGUCCUAUUUCAGGAUUGAGCAACUAUUCUCUUGGAACUGAGCUUACUGAAGAGAAUAUGUAUGUGAACGGACAGGUCUAUCCCAGCUUCAAUCCCUUCAAACAGGUCCCCCGGGGCCAUUUCACAGAAUAUUUUCAACACAGAGACGACAGACCUGAAAGCAUCACUGGAAGUUUGAUGGAAGGCGUGAAAACAUUUUCCAAUACUCCCUGUACACCUGACGUUUUGUUGAAAAGAACCUCUACAUUUAUCCAUCCUAUUCGAGGGAUAAACGAGAAAAUAAAGAAUGAGAAUUCAAAAUGUGAUCAAUCAGAAAAUCAGCUUUUAUCUUGUCAGAGUGCAGACCUGUCUCAAAACUAUAUUUCAUCCUACAAGGAGUUAGAGUUGAAAACUUCAGCUGGAUUAAGUUUCCUGGAUCAUGAAGGAUCAAGUUUCCUGAAUAAUAAAGGAACAAGUUUCCAGGACAACAGAGGAUUAGAUUUCCAGAACAAUGGAGGACAAGGUUGUCAAAAUAAUGCAGGAUCAGUUAUCAAGGAUAAUAGAGGAUUAGAUUUCCAAGAAAAUGGAGGAUUUAUUUUCCAUAAUAUUAGAGGAUCAGAUUUCAACAAUAAAAGAAGAUCAGAUUUCCAGAAAAGUGGAGGAUCAAGUUUCCCGAAAAGAGGAUUAGAUUUCCAAGAAAGUGGAGGAUCAAGUUCCCAAGUUAAUCGAGGAUCAGGGUUCCAGAAUACUAGAUUCUUAAGCUCCCAUCUGAAUGAAGGUUCAGAUAUCCAUAAAGAUCCCAAUUUAGGAUCCUUUGAUGAUAUAGGAUCUCCAAACACAGUUGGGCUUCCCUCGCCUCAAACAGGAAUAUAUUAUAAUGUUAGAAUGGCGCAUUCAUCAAGGAACAAUAUAUAAUGAAUUGUCC